CUAGUACUGCCGUGGCUCACCAUCUGGCAGAGGAGAGGCAACCUGUUACCAAGAAACUUCAGAACCGAUAGGGAGUUGAAUGAGCGAGUGAGUAAGUGAGGAAGGGAGGGAGAGAAAAACCGCCAGGGCUACCGGGACAGUCCCAGGUUGUAACAGCCCAUCCCGGAAUUACCAUGGCUCUAACAGAAGCAGUUCUGCCUUCCAUCAGCUCGUUUGCCAGUCCCAUAAACUUUCAAGAGAAGCAAGACGAGAUUAUCAAGUGGUGGGAGGUCGAGGACAAUUCCACGAAGCAGAACUCCGGCAAGAACCCUGUCGGAGAUGGACCCCGGCUGGUCCUGGCCCCUGAGCAGAUCAAGCGCGAGGACGAAGACUUUGGCUCGUUCUUGGACCUGGAUCUCCUCCUGUCAGACCUUUCUGGUGCAGAAACUGGUGCUGGCACACCCGUGGCCCCUGGUCACCCGCUGGCACACAUGCCGGAGGGCAGUGGUGGCAAAUUCAAGAGGGUGGCCCACCAGCCCACGGACUGGAACAGCUCAGACACACCAGCCACCAGCCUCGUGGCUGAACUCUUGUCCACCGACGUCCAAACUAGCCAGCUGAGACCUGACACCCAGGCGGUAUGCGCGGACCCCCGAAAUAAGACCUACACCAAUUUGGGGGGCAUGGAUCAGGGAGCAACCAUGCCACAGAGGGAGAGACUGGUGACCUGCCCCCCCAUGCCAAUGGGAAGUGGUGGUCCUGGGGCUCAGAAAGCGGACCGCAUGGUGCCAGUGAGCUCUGGUGCCAGGCCCCUGGUGGAUUACAAGCCCAGCCUGAUGCUGACGUGCCAUCCUGUCCGCCACUUCUACCCCCAGGUAGCAGAGGCUCCUGGAGAUAUAAGGACCCAGCCCAGGGACCAGCAGGUCUCCCAGUACCAGCUUGCCGAGCACUAUCAACACCAGCACCAACUUCAACAGCAGGGCGCCCACAACUACCACCUGCUCUCCCGGAACCCCUCCUACUACACCCAGCAGCCCCCCCAUCUGUACCAGGGGCAUAUCCACUUCUAUACGUCCAACCUCAAGGGGGCCCUACCUGGGCACACCCCCAUCCUUUCGGCAGCCUCCCCACUCUUGCCGGCCAGCGUCGCUGAGGAGCCCAAGCACAAGCGGACUCGGAAGACCUGGGCAAGGAAGAGAGUGGCCAGCCACAACUGUGAAUACCCCGGAUGCGGAAAAGUCUACACCAAGAGCUCCCACCUGAAGGCCCACCUUCGCACCCAUACAGGAGAGAAGCCUUACCACUGCAACUGGGAAGGCUGCGGCUGGAAGUUUGCCCGCUCUGAUGAGUUGACCCGCCAUUUCCGGAAACACACAGGCCACCGCCCCUUCCAGUGCCAUCUUUGCGAGCGGGCUUUCUCCCGGUCGGACCACCUGGCUCUCCACAUGAAGAGGCACAUGUGAACUACCCGUUUCCCCCCACAAGUGGCCCUGCUGCACAUGGACAAUCUCCCUACAACCGACCACUUGAGGAGGCGGGGCCGUGGACGGACCUACGGGGUCAUCAGUCACAAGUGGGGGUGGGGGAGGGGGGUGGAAAUUUUCAGCGGUGCGGAGACCUGUGGCGAGGAGGUUGUGUGGAAAGCUGAUUGAAGGCAGUGCGUUAUUGGGCACCUGUCCUCCAUGGUUGGGAAGCAGACAGAACCUCUUCCCCACUACAAAGGACAGGAACCUGGUCAUGAGCUGGCGUUGUGUGCUCCGCUGUCCUGGCAUGACUCGUGUGGACCCCCCAGCCACUCUGCCCCACCAAAGGGCACAGGUUCACACUGUUCCCGACCUGGGCACAAACUACAGGCGGAGUGGAGACCUCUGCCUAUGGUCCUGUACACUCACCUGAGAACUCAGCCCCAGCCCUGUGUGCCUGGUGUUGGCCGAGGCACAAUUUCCUUGGAGCUGACGUUGUGUGAGUGUGAGAUGGGGUCCUCCAGAGAGCGGGUCUGGCGUCUUUCAGUACAGUCCCUGUGUAGCCUACAGUUCCUCCACACAACACGGCGCUGGAGGAAGCUGGGGCCAUUGAGUGCCUGUGACUCCAUGAAGAUGUGCACUCACUGGAAUCCAGCACUGAAUGGCCAUUCUGGUGAACGCAAUGAGAUCCCUUGCAAGCUACCCACAAGCGUCCACAGACACACAGCUGAAGGCACCUGCAGGAAGACACGUGGAGUAACACCACAUGGAAACAGGCCCUACAGCCCACCAAGUCCAUGCUGCCCGUCCAGCUAGUCCCAAUUCCCUGUGUUCGGCCUAACCUCUCCAAGCCCCACCACCUACCUGUCCAAGUGCUUCUUAAAUGAUACUAUUGUCCUUGCCUCAAUCACUUCCUCUGGCAACUCAUUCUAUAUACUCACCCCCUUUGGGGGAAAAAGUUGCCUCUCAGGUCCCUUUGAAUCUUUUCCCUCUCACCCUCAAGUUAUUCCCCCUCGUUUUGGACUCUUCUACCCUGGGGAAGAGACUGUUAUCGUCCACCCUUUCUAUGCAUCUUAUAAUUUUAAACCCUUUGUUAAGGUCCACCUCAUUGUCCUACAUUCCAAGGAAUGAGCUUGUUAUCGAGUAUUGUCGUCCUCUGGAACACAUGCACUGGGGCCUGGUUAGGUUUCCUGCCUCCACCUCCUCUCUGUUCUGAACCCCAGGCACCUGUAGAGUGAAAUAAUUUUCCCCCUAGUUUUUCUUUAAUUCAGCUGCCAAUUACAUUCAAUCAACAGCCACUACAUCACACGCUUUCCUUUCCUUCCUCUUCACCCUCUCUUGGCCUCUCGUGACUUUGCUAGUCUCGUCUCCCUGCCCAAGGAGUUUAUUCUGGUAGGCAAUGGCGUUCACUGCAGAGUUCAACCUGCCCCUCUAAACCUGCUUCUAGCAGAAGAGAUGGAGAGACAGGUCAAAGGUCUCCAGUGACAUCUUAAAGAGGCCCUGAGUACGUCUUUAAAAGAUUUAUCCCCAUACUGUCAGUCCCACCUUUCUACCUUCCCAUCUUUACAUCUGACAAUUCCACCCAUCCAAAUAUCCCCAUAAUCUUCCAAUCCCACUUCUCAUAUUCCCAAUCCCACUUAUUCCUCAGGAAUAUGUGAAAGAUGGGUUGGGGAGAUGUGGGGAGAAUCUGGAUUACCAACACAUCCCAUUGACCCACCUUCUGUCAGAGAUGGAUCCCAGCUCCCUUAUUUGUCCCACUUCUUUUUCCAGGAUGAUUUUAAUUAGGCUCAAUUUCCAUUCGGGCUCUGGUCUGUCCUUGGGAUUUCAAUGUUUUGUUGUAUGAAGCAUUUUCUUGGACCCACUGUAAAUAGCAUCGAGUUCAAGGAGCAAACAAUGUAAAUAGAUCACUAUGGAGCAAUAAAUCUUGUCUAAUUAGGGUGGGUGUUUAUUUUGUAUUUCUGCCCUGAUGGUUAAGCUGAAAUAAAGUAUUUGAAUACAGUCAAUUGGGACUGCUACGUGCAUAGAUUCAACCUAUC